CUCCUUUCUUUUUGAAUGUCCGUGAAAUCACAACAGAAGUAAUAUCGAUACUUAAAAAUCUGCUCCUUUUAUACACGGUAUAGCCGUUCUUUACCUAUCUCAAUCGACCAUGUCGCAUACGCUGUCCCAAAAGUACCUCAGUACGCGGGGUGGUUCCUACGGGUUCGGCUUCGAGGAAGCCGUUCUCAAAGGACUGGCCUCAGAUGGCGGCCUCUUCAUUCCCGAGGAGAUCCCCUCCCUGCCCGCCGGAUGGGAGACGGAGUGGCGCGAUCUGAGUUUUGAGGAACUCGCAUUCAACAUCAUGUCCCUCUACAUCUCACCCUCCGAAAUACCCUCUGAAGAUCUCAGGGAUAUCAUUAAGCGCUCGUACUCGACCUUCCGCCACCCCGAGCGUACACCCAUUGUCGAGCUUGACGCAAAGCAGAACCUCUACCUUUUAGAACUGUUCCACGGCCCUACAUUCGCUUUCAAGGAUGUUGCGCUUCAAUUUCUCGGAAACUUGUUCGAGUACUUUCUCAUUGUCGGCGCUACAUCAGGAGAUACCGGAAGCGCAGCUAUUUACGGUGUUCGAGGGAAGAAAGACGUUUCUAUCUUCAUGAUGUUCCCUACCGGAAAGGUGUCGCCCAUCCAGCAGGCCCAGAUGACUACCGUCCUUGACGCCAACGUACAUAACCUCACUGUUGAGGGAUCAUUUGAUGAUUGCCAGGAUAUCGUCAAGGCUCUUUUCGCCGAUCCUGAUAUCAACUCCACCCACAACCUCGCCGCUAUCAACUGGUCGCGUGUCAUGGCGCAAGUGACCUACUACUUCUACUCCUACUUCUCUCUUGUCAAAAACACCGGCUCCGAUGACUCGAAGGUCCGCUUUGUCGUUCCUUCUGGCAACUUCGGGGACAUCCUCGCCGGUUGGUUCGCUAAGCAGAUGGGUCUUCCCACGGAGAAGCUCGUCAUCGCUACAAACGAGAACGACAUUCUUGAUCGCUUUUUCCGCUCCAACGGACAAUACACCAAAAAUUCUGGCGAGGGCAGCGGCGUCAAGGAGACACAUAGCCCGGCCAUGGAUAUCCUAGUCAGCAGCAACUUUGAGCGCCUCCUCUGGUUUCUCGCCCUUCGAACAAACACCUCCUCUGACUCCAUUGAGGAGCGCCGCAAGCAAGCCUCUGAAAACGUCAGCCAAUGGCUCUCACAGCUCAAAACGGAAGGCGGCUUCACCGUCCCGCCCGCCGUCAUUGAGGCCGCCAAAACCGAAUUUGAAAGCGAGCGCGUUAGCAACGACGAGACGAUCGCCCAAAUCCGUUCAACAUACAACUCCUCCUUCCCGUCUAACCUCACUCCCGGUAGUGCUACCUCUUCCAAGACUGGCGGCUACAUUCUUGACCCCCACUCCGCCGUGGGUGUUGCGGCUUCACUGCGCUCCAUCCAGCGCAACCCCGGCACGAAACACAUUUCUCUUUCCACAGCUCAUCCUGCCAAGUUUGCUAGCGCUGUAGAUCUCGCUCUUCGCGCCGAGGACGGCUAUGACUUCACCGAGGUCCUGCCUCAGGAGUUCAUUGGUCUCGAGCAGCGUGAGAGCAGAGUUACGCCCGUUCGUGCUGGUGCUGGGUGGGAAGGUGUCCGUGAGAUUGUCAAGGCUGAAGUUGAGCAGGAGCUUGAGGGAAAGCGGUAG